AUGACACAGCCUAGUAUAUCCAUGUUUGCUUUAUAUCUACGAAUGUUAAUUGUAUUCUUUGUAUUAAUCAUUUGUAUUAAUAAUAAUUAUGUAUUGGCAAAUGAUCAAAUAACUUUGAUUAAUGAUAACAAUGAUGAUCAAUUAACGGAUGUAGAAGAUUCCAUGUCUGAAAAUAUUGAAUUAGUUCGACGUGGCGUUUGGUCUCGUUUAUUUCGUACCGAAGUUAAUCCAGCACGCCUUGAUAGUCGUUCCAGUUAUUCUCCAACAUCACUUAAUUAUGCUUCUUCAUCAGGUCCAAUUCAUAUUAUACCAUUUGAUAAACGUACAAUUCCGAUUGAGCUUCAAAAAGCACUUUACGCUCAUGGAAUUGUAGGUCGGCGUCGUUGA